AGUCCGUCAAGGCAGCAGACGGCUUCAUAACACCUCAGGUGAACUCGAGAGCAGCAGCAGAUUGGAGCUACAGUCAAAGGAGAGGAGCCAUGGCUGCACUAUUUAAAGCAAGAAGAGGUGGGUUUACCUAAACUAUUUUGACUUUUAUAGAGAACAUUAGUUUCUUUUAGACUUCGGGGUUAGUUUGAGUUAGAUUAGUUGCACGUGCACAAGCUGGACCAUCUGUAUAGUACAGUAAACCUUGUUAGCUUAGCCUGCUAUACGUAACCAGUCAUAACUUACCUCCUAUAUGUAGUUUUAUCGAUUAAUAUGACGAAUGUAAAUAAAGCAGCUAAAGCCGAAAUGUUGUCAGCUUUACAGGGUGCGAGAAAAACCCGCAGAGGUCAGGUUAUACAUAACUGAGUUUAAUGGUUAACUUGUUUUUGAUAGUUAGCUCCUUAGCUAGAAGGGUAAGGUUACAAGUUAGCCGGUUAGCUGUAAACAAUAUAAAUAUAACUGAUCGGUUUUAAACGAAGACAGGGGAAUUACUGUUUAGGUAGAAAGUUUAAGACGAAUCUCUGUUAAUCUGAGGAUUUUUUAAAGCUGUGGAAGUGACACAAAGGUGACUGAUAGUGAGGUUAACCUUUCACCCAAAUCAUCUAGCGUUAGCCACUGAGCUAAUGAUGCCUUCAAGGACUCCUGUAAACUACAGAUACAGCCGCUGAAUAAAAAGAACUGUUUGUACAGUGACAGUAUACAGGAGAAAUAAAGGAUAUGAGUGAGUAAAAGUUCUGAUACCUCCAAUAUUAGAUGUCUGCAGAGCCGGAGAGCCCAGCAGAUCCAAAACCAUUACAUGCCCACAACCCUCUUUGCGCCCCUGUUGGACAGAGUAGGUCAUUGCAUGACAGAUCCCAUUUUGUGCCCAGAAAUGUAAUUUAAUAAACAAGUUAAUUAGUAAAUAAGUGACCACGGUCAAAUAUUAUUAUCGAAUCAAAAUAAAAAGUCAUUGAAAUUUGUAAAUAUAGUGUUCAGUUCUUGAGACUCGGCCCACUUCCUUUCAAAGGUUUUCAAAUUUAUUUUAAAAAUAAAUACUCGAUCAUGACAUCGCUCCAUUCAAGACGAUAACUUUGGAGAAAGAAGCAGCAAGAAGGAUCUGUCAUGCAAUGACCUACUCUGUCCAGCAGGGGCACAAAGAGGGUUGUGGAUCUGCUGGGCUCCCCAGCUCUGCAGACACCCCCCACUCGAUACCUGAGAGGAAAACAUAAUUGGCUCAACUGAUGGUCAAAAUAUAUAGAAAAAUUAGUGUCAUACCCUUUAGCUGUUUUUUUACUCAUGGCUAGUAUAUCUAAUUUUAAAUGUAAUGAUCCUAAAAACAAGGUUCACCACUUUUAUUAAUUUUCAUUUUUUCACUAAGAUGAAGAAUAGAAAGUGUGAACAGAAAACCAAUUCAGUUUUAUUUAUCGUGUCUUUCAUACAUAGUACCAUGCCAAAGUGCUUCACUAAGAAACAGAAAAUAACAACAAUGAGAAAAUAAAAGCAAAAAUGGUUGAUUGUGAAGAUUAGGGGGAAAUGGCACCAAAAAUAAGUAAAAUAAAACAAACCCAGUAAAAUAUAUAGGAGUAGAAAACAAAAAACAAAUCGGUGAAAGUCUGAAAAGACUGAAUAUGUUACAUUAAAAUGUUGGGAUAUCAGAUUUAAGCCUCAUGGUUAACAUGACGAAAAAAUGUCAUGACAAUGACAUUAUCACAAUGUCCACAGAAAAGUUUAAAUUUAAAACAACAUAAUCAGCAAUAAAACUGAGAAAAGAAAAAAAAAAAAGGAUGUAGCAAAAAUACAUGUUUAAGAUAUUAUUUAUAGGUGGAUACUCCUGUAGUGAAAUUAAAAGAGCCUGAGAAUACUUCCUUGAGAAACACCGUACUUAAGAUUACAGAUCUCUGACACACAAGAUGGUAAAAACUGUGUGUUAAAAAGAUAAGAAUGGCCCGAGAUAAAGCUCAAUCAGAGGGACCAACACUCAGAAUAAUGUCAAACAGCUUUGUGCGUCUUAUGCAACAAAACCACCGGAUUCAUCCGACACCAUCAGGAAUUUGAGUCGUUCCCUUUCCUGUGAGAUAACUCUGAGGAAAACAGUCGGAAGUUACGUAUGAGAAGCUGAAAAAAGAUUGUAUUCACUGUUUUCUUAUUUUGAGGCCUCUGCAGCAUUAAAUCACAGUUUAAAAAUAGUUACAUGUGAUUAUUUUGGUGAUAAAUAAACACAUAAACAUAAAAAAACUGGAGCCUGAAAUGACUCAUUAUGACACACUAAUAUGUGGUUAAGUUACUCACCUCUUCACGAUCACCUCACUGAUAAUAUAUCUGUAUCAGCUGCAGCAUUAUCGCUGCACUCACCAUUAUCUGACCUGACCUGACCUCAUCAUAACAGAAGGAAAGUGCAGAUAAGAGUUUCUGCAGUUUUACAUCAGCGGCUCUGAAACUUCAACAUCUCUCUCUCUCCCUCAGCUCUGGGUUUGUGUCUCGGCGGGUGUCGGAGUUUCACUCAGCUGGCAGAGUUACCGGACACUCAUCAGCUCCUCAGACAGACCUGCAGAGACUUUGCCGACAAAGAACUGACCCCCAUCGCUUCCAAACUAGACCGAGAGCAUUUAUUCCCCACCAAACAGGUACAGACUCCCUCAAAGACAUGAAAAAUAAAGCUGCAGGAGCAGAGGAAGAGGUUGUGAUUAAUCUAGCCAAAUUCAGAACCAAAGAGGAAAUCAAUCUGCUCUGUGUUGUCACUGUUGUCCUGCAGGUUCAGGAGUUAGGGGCCAUGGGGGUGAUGGCCAUGGAGGUCCCAGAGGAGCUGGGUGGAGCUGGGAUGGACUAUCUGGCGUACAGUCUGGCGAUGGAGGAGAUCAGCAGAGGCUGUGCCAGCACUGGAUGUGUGGUGUCAGUAAAUAAUGUGAGUCAUGACGGAAACAUAUAUAUGUUUUUUUGUGUGUGUUUGUGCGUAGCAGGUGUGACAUUCUGCUAGUGUUAAUGCGAGUGUGUGUGUGUGUGUGUGUGUGUGUGUGUGUGUGUGUGUGUGUGUGUGUGUGUUUUCUGGUCUCAGUCGCUCUACAUCGGCCCCAUCCUGAAGAACGGCACAGAGGAACAGAUGAAGGAGUGGAUCACUCCGUUUACAACCGGGGAGAAGGUGGGCUGCUUCGCCCUCAGUGAGCCAGGUAAACCGUGGCAUGCACGCACAUGCACACACACACACACACACACACACACACACACACACACACACACACUCCUUUUCUCCUAAAAGCGGCGUGCACUUCUAGUCAAUUGUAAGCCUUUCAGACGCCAAAAAAGACUCAUGAAUGCCACUGUUUUCAGCUUCUAACUUCCAUCGCAUCCGGAACGGCUACGAAAAGGCUGUAUCUGCCGAUCAUUCCUCUGCGGAUCGCCGGACUCCGCAGCUGAUCGCAAGAGUUCUAUUUUUUACUGGACACUGCAGCAUGCCCCAUAAAUUCAGCACAGAUUAACCUGUGCUGGACACAAAAUAAAACAUCCGGCUUCUUUUCAAAAUAAAACACUCCAUGUUUCAGGCUGAUCAUGUUUCACAACAUGAAAAUGGACGGAGACGAACAAGUGAAAGGUUUUAGAUAUCAUUUCACCCCAAUGACACCAUGGAUGAGGAGAUGCUGAUUCUAGAAUUCUAGAAGUAGAUUUCCUCCUCUGGAAGGACACAAUCUACUGCUUAUAUGUUUAUGUGGCGGGUGUUUGUGAGUUCUCACGAUUCCUGCUGUCCUGCCGCUUUACCAACGGAUAUGGUAAGAAUUGGCGCACAGCAAAAAAUCGCAGCUGUUCCGGAUCAGAGCUGUUCUGGAUGUGGUGACAAUUGGGGGUAAGACGUUGCUGCUCAAUGAUAGUGAAUUUAACCUCCAGGUAAUGGCAGCGAUGCGGGCGCAGCCUCCACAACAGCCCGUCAGGAGGGAGAUGAGUGGGUCCUGAACGGAACCAAAGCCUGGAUCACCAACAGCUGGGACGCCUCAGCAACCGUCGUGUUUGCCACCACAGACAAGAAGCUCAAACACAAGGUGAGAGACAGAGAGUGAUAAAGUCUAUAUGAAAUCUGAUGCAUUAUUAUUAUUAUUACUGUUUGUUCAGAGAGAGGUCGCUAACAUGAGUGAAUCCUGUCCCUGCAGGGUAUCAGUGCCUUCCUCGUCCCCAUGCCUCACCCGGGACUCUCUCUGGGGAAGAAGGAGGACAAACUGGGCAUUAGAGCAACAUCCACGGCUAACAUCAUCCUGGAGGACUGCAGGAUACCGCUGGGAAACAUGCUGGGCCCUCGAGGUGCAGGAUUCAAGAUCGCCAUGGUACUUAACGGAAAUCCUCUUCUAACGAAACUUCUGUUCAGCAGAAAUAAGACCUCUGAGAACUGCUCUGCUGCUUUUAUGGUUACAUUUUUUAUUUUUCUGUCUCUCUCAGCAAACACUGGACAGCGGGAGGAUCGGGAUUGCCGCUCAGGCUCUCGGUAUCGCUCAGGCCUCUCUGGACUGUGCUGCAGACUACGCACUCAAACGCACCGCCUUCGGAGCGCCCAUAGGGAAGAUGCAGGCCGUACAGGUAAGAUCACACCUGGUCUGUGAUACAGAAGAUUGGAUUGUUUGGUUUUCACCCUCAUGGACUCAGUUUUAUAAUCAGUGUUUCAGUGUCAAAAGCAGCGACUGAUGGACAAAAACUUUGGUUAUUAUGAGUUUCUUUUCUUCUGAAGUGUCAGAAAACACGAAAAAAGGCCAAAUUUUAAAGACUUAAUUAAGCUGUAGGUGACAAAUCCUUGAGUUUUAAGCAAUCUUUAACAACGACAUUAUGAUGCCUUUAGAGCUCUUGUACAGGUUAGAAUUAAACUUACUGGUCUAAAAUCAACCAAGUGCUAUAAUUUGGGAGCCAGCUGUGGCUUUUUAAAAUGUUUUUAUGUUUACGCUUGUUAACACUUUGUUGUAUUUUCUUUUACUCUUUUUUAAGUUCAAACUGGCUGACAUGAACAUGGCGGUAGAGAGCGCUCGUCUGCUCACCUGGAAGGCUGCUCUUCUUCGAGACUCAAAGAAACCCUUCAUUAAGGUACACAAUCCUUUCUAACACCAGGAUCUGUUUAGAAAGAUUUGGCUUUUCUUGGUGACUGGUGAUGAGUAAAAGUUGGAAAUCAUCGUAACAACCAUGAAUUAACCAGUCCAUUAUAGGUUUACUAAUAACAAAAAUAAUACAACAAUAAUAAUAUUUUUUAUUUAUAAGUGCCUUUCUAUACACUCAAGGUCACUAGAAAGAACAGCGGCAUAAAAACAACAAGAUAAGGGCAAUAGAGUUAAAGAAUAAAAUAGGAAUAAUAAAAAAUAAAGUAAAUAAAAAAAAGAUAAAUAAUAAAUUAAUAAAUUAUUAAAUAAAAAAAGGAUUAAAAAUAAAUAAAUAAAAUAAAAAUUACAAAUAAUUAAAAUAAUAACUAAAUAAAAAUUAGUAAGAAUAAAUAUGUUUUAAAUUAAUAGAAAUAAAAGUUUUUUUUCCAGAAUUUUUUUCCUAGAUUUCCUAGACACCAAAAUAAUCAACUUCUUUCUGUUCCCCACUGCAGGAAGCCGCCAUGGCCAAGCUUGCGGCGUCUGAAGCCGCCACAUUCUGCGCCCAUCAGGUAAGAAAACAAGCAACACAUCAAAUUUAAAGUUACGAUGAAAACAAGCUUUGUGUUUGAGCACCACAUCAAAUAAAUAAAAAGCAACAAAAAGACAGUAAACUCAGUGGGAACAACUUUUAAACUUUUUCUGUUUGCACUUUAACAAUCAGGCGAUCCAGGUUCUGGGUGGGAUGGGUUACGUGUCGGACAUGCCGGCUGAGAGGCACUACCGCGACGCUCGCAUCACGGAGAUCUAUGAGGGCACCAGUGAGAUCCAGAGACUGGUUAUCGCUGGUCAGAUACUGAAGGAGUACCAACCAUAGACAUGCUGCUUUCAGUGCCUACGGUACAAUACAGACAAAUCAUCACAGAUGUUGAUUCAGAUGAGCCAACAGUAGGAAACGUGAAGACAAAGAGGAGUCUGAGUGAUCUGGAGCAGCAGCAGAACUUUGUCAGACCUUCAGUUCAGAGACGAAAAACAGGACUACAUUUGACUUUCUGAUGGUUUUACCUCAUCCGCUCCGUUAUCUGGUUUCUUAGUGGGAAUCGAGAGACUGUAAACUAAGCUAGUGCUUUUUUUUUUCCCUAAUCCCACACUGUGCCCCCCGACAGGAGCCUCGUUUGUAGUUGCCUUUUUUUUCCCUCUUCCAGGGCGCCGAAAGUUCUCCUGUUCCCGUCCUCCCCUGUAUUUGUCUGUCUUUUUUAUGUUUCUUGGAUGGGUUGAACUGAAAUGGAUUAAAUUGCCCUUUAGGGUAUAAUAAAGUUGUCAGAAAUCUAAAAACAUCACGCUGAUUAAAGACCCACUCCGUUGAAAAUCAUGUUGUUCUUGUUGUCUACAUGUUCAUAUGUUCAUUUUUCUGACGCUUCAGGACAUAUCAUGAGAAAACUAAGUGCAAAAUUGCAUUUCUGUGUAUUUUUGUGCGUCUCCGCCCAUGACUCAGAGGCAAAUUGCUAAUGAGCUACUGGAGCUCUGCAGAAGAAAAGCUCUUGUAAAUGACACAGGUAACUUGAUUUUGACUAAAAACGUCAUAAUCACAAUUUAAAGACUACUGAGAACCCCUAAAGUUAUAAAAAAGUACAAUCGGAGUGGGACUUUAAUGCUGCUGUUAGAGGAUAUCAGUGCUCAGGUUGUUUAAAGGGCCAGUUCUCAUUUUUAGUGUCGACUAAAUUAUCGAUUAUUGUUUUAUGAAUCACUCUACAGGUGAACUUCUCUGUGCUUUAAAAACACUUUCACAUCACAGUGUGCCAUCUUUGUUGACUUUCUGUGCUUUACUGAAUUUAAUUAAAUUAAUAAGUCAUGGAAUAUGAAUGUAAAAAAAAUCAACUGUAUUUAAGUUUCACUUUGUUCCAGUCUGUUAAUUUUCAACACUCACAGAUAAAAUAUCUAAAAUAUUUGUCUGGGUGAGAUUUAUUCCUGUAGUAACCUGAAAACACAAGAGAGAAUUGAGUCAGCUUCUUGGUUCCACCAAAGAGCUUAGGUUUGUUUUUUGGCCAAGGCUAAAUUUGUCUUUAGAGAAAGUACAUAAAUACUAUACCUACGCCUGUCAAUCUAGACAAGUUCAAGUAAAAAGUUCUUUAUUUAAAAAAGAAAUUUCAUCUUUAGACAACUUUUGUCCUACUGGGGAUUUAUUCAACCUUUUCCCAGAAUUUUAUAUGACCAUUAGUCUCAAUGUGUGGAGUGAUUCUAACUUCAUAUUUUAAUUCACUUUGCAGAGCUGUGAUCAAACAGGCAAAAUAAACCUUUAAUUGCUUGCACUGCGUAGAAAAAGCUGCGAAUGAAAGCAAAUAUUUGUUCUUGUUAAGUUUGCAGAAAAGAGUUGUCAGAUUUAUUCUUGAAAUGUUUUGAGGGUUCUUAAGUUUGCCAAUUUAAAUACAGUAUGUGUAGAUUUGAGUUAUGAGGAUUUAUACUGAACACAAUAAUAAUUAGCAUGUCCAGUAUAUUAGAAGUAUCGAAUUAUUUGUGUGAAACAAAAAAGUUCUGUUUAUAAUUUAAAAGAAUUUUAAUGUUGAUUAAAAAAGUGUUUGUUUUUUUUCAUUUUUUUCUGUCCUUUUUUGAACAUUUUAACUGGACACUGAAUUUCAUUUCAAUUCAAUUUAAAUAAGCCUUUUAUUUUCAUAUAAGAAAAUAUAAUUGAAACAAACUGAGCAGGUAAAAUCUGAAUUGUGCAGAGGAGACAUUGAGUUGACUGCCUGUUUUAUAGGCUGUGUAUUUUAAUGAUUUUAAGGUAAACUUCAGUAACUAAUGCUGUAAAGAUUUUGCAAUGUACAGUGUUUUCUACGAAAAAUACUUAAGUAAAAAAUUUUUGGAAUAUUCUGUAAAACCUCUCACAGGAUCUUCAUAUCAGUGUUUGAAGUAAAUCUGAAAUAUCUUAAUAUCUUAAAUAUUCUAAACGGAGGAGCUUUAAAACCUUUUAACCUGUUGUGCAACUUAAACAUUUUGACUUGAGGCAAAAAACCAAAGCAAAUGAGAAAAGCUUUUCAUUCAACUUAAACAAAACUUCAUUCUUAACUGAGAGUCAAGCUAACAGUUUUACCAAACACAAUCACAGUAUUUAAAUAUCAGAGUUACCAUUAGGAAUAUAAAUAUGUUAGUUUUAUGUGUAAUACAAAUGCAGAAAAACAUGAAGUAGAAACAGGAAUAAAGGAUGACAGUAAAAUGUACAAAGAUGACGUUCAAGCUGGUUAAUUUUUUAGUUUUAAAAAGUAACACAGCCUUAUGUUCAGACUCAGUGAGUUUGGUGGAGGUAGAGAUGAAAAACCAUCUGGGGAAAAAUCCUGAAAAAACCCAGAGGACAAAAAGCUCUACGUUUCCUAUGAGUGGUCUAGGAAAGCAUGUGGUCGCAGUUUCAGCCUCCAUUUAACAGAGCUGUGGGGGUAAAAACAUCAAACUCUUAUUGUCUGUUACAAGGAUUUAAGAAAGCUGCAGCUGAUAUGUGCUCCUUAAAGACAAAGGCACACUCACCACGGCCUGAACAAGGUUGAAGGUCUACAGGCUCACAGUGAGGCAGGAAGUAGUCCUUAAAACGAACAAACAAAAAAAGGACAAAUGUAGUCUUCACACCGGCACAGAUUUUAACCUAUAAGUGAAUCAGUAUCUCUGUUCUAGGUACCAGUUUCUCAGGAAUGGUGUCCACAGCAUCUGGUAGAGUCCAGUGGUGUCGAGGGGCAAGUUUCUGUGCUGGUGCAGGCUUCAGUUAAACAUCAGUGGGUCCAGAAUGAGGCAAGGUUAGGAAAUCUGGAUCAAACUGCUGAACCAGGUUUCUUGUAGGCAGUGAGAUCUGGACUCCAUGCUCACCUGUGACCCAGUAUGCAGUGGCUCACGGUCCAGUAGGUGAUGGGGUCUGUCAGGGUCUUCUUGGACAUACACUCUGUAACAACACCCAAUAGUUUUUGGAGAAGCAGAAAGAUGGGUCACUACACUGGAAACAGACCUAAAUUUAAGUGGACCUGAUUCUGAAGAACUCUAAGUUCUAAGAACCAAAAUAAACGAGUUUCAAAAUCAAGUCUCUCUUGGGCGUCUACAAACCCUCAGAAAAACUGGAGUAUUUGGACCGUGGUGAAAACAACCACAAAAACUUUGAAAAGUUUCUCAAAAACGUUCAGAUAAAAUAAGAACAAAUAAGAAAAAUUAAAAGAGAACUUGCAAAAACCUUCAGCAUGACAGUGACUCCUGAAUGUCCCGGUCUGGAUGGAGGAGCAGCUCAUUGAGGUGGGGCAGCAUCAGAUCCUCCCAGAAUCUGGUGGUGGUCAGCAACAUCCAACGCCACAGCUCCACACCUCAGCAGAGUCAUACAUGUGCAGCCAGAGGGAUGCAGCAAAACCCCGUACAGAAUAACAGGACACACAAACCAUGACGAGUACAGGGCAAAAAAAUAUUACAGAGAGACUGGAGGGUCAAAAACAAACAAAACACACACACACACACAAAAACCCAACAGAUCUUAGGGGAUUACAGGAACUGGAGGGUCAAAAUGAAAGAAACAAACCAAAAAAACCCACAAACAAACACACACACAAAAAAAAAAACAGUUCUCAGGUGAUUACAGAGACUGGAGGGUCAAAAAAACAAACGAAAGACCAAAAAACAAACAAAAUUUUAAAUAUAUACAUAAAUAUAUUUUACAGUAACAGUAAUUGUCCCCAUCAUGUUAGUUAGAGACGUUGGUGAGUUGUUGGAACGAUUUGGUAAAACUGACAUUUUUGCAUUUUUUUUGUGCACAAGUUUCAUAAAAAAAAACAAAAAUAACCUUUAAUGUCAUAAAA